AUGGCCCCAAACACGGUGGUAGUCACCCUCGAGAAGCCGGAAAACAUCUCUCUGAUAGAGAUGGCCGGCGCGCAGGACCCCGAUUCGAUCUUCCACGAAAGCCAGAAGAAAAAAUCCGCGAGCCCGAAAUGGUUCGCCCGGGUCCUCCUCCUGAAAGCCCACCGGGUCGUGGCGGGCCUGUUCGCGGUUUUCGGGUCGGUUCGGAAGCGCAUUGCGGCUUCGGAUCCGGGCGAGGAGGACCCGAGGUACAAAGGGCGGCGGCUUUACGCGUUCAUAAAGGCGUUCCUCGCCGUCUCGCUAAUCGGGCUGGCGGUGGAGACCUUCGCUUAUUUCAGCGAUUGGGAAUUAGGGUUCGUGAGCCCGUGGGAGGUGAGCGACAAUCUGGUGCGGUGGGCGUACGUGGGCUGGCUGGGGUUCAGGGCCGAUUACGUGGCGCCGUGUGUGGUUACUUUGUCCAGGUUCUGUAUCGUUCUGUUCAUGAUCCAGUCGCUGGAUAGAUUUGUGCAGUGUUUGGGCUGUUUCUGGAUUAAGUUCAAUGGGCUGAGGCCCGUGAUUGAGGAGGAUGUGCCGGACGAUGUGGAAAACGGGUCGGGCUUUCCUAUGGUUCUUGUUCAGAUCCCUAUGUGCAAUGAGAAAGAGGUUUAUGAGCAAUCAAUAGCAGCUGCUUGCCAGCUCGAUUGGCCAAAGGACCGAUUUCUUGUGCAAGUUUUGGAUGAUUCGGAUGAUGAGGUUUUGCAGCACUUGAUAAGGGAUGAAGUAAUGUCCUGGAAAGAAAAAGGGGUUAACAUAGUCUAUAGGCACCGGUUUAUCCGAACCGGCUAUAAGGCUGGUAACUUGAAAUCGGCCAUGACCUGUGACUAUGUAAAGGACUACGAAUUUGUCGCCAUUUUAGACGCUGAUUUCCAGCCCACACCCGAUUUUCUCAAGCUUACGGUACCUCAUUUCAAGGGGAAGCCCGACUUAGGACUCGUCCAGGCUCGCUGGUCGUUCGUCAACAAGGAUGAGAAUUUACUCACGAGGCUCCAAAAUAUCAAUCUGUGCUUCCAUUUUGAAGUCGAGCAGCAGGUGAACGGCCAUUUUCUGAAUUUCUUCGGGUUUAACGGGACAGCUGGCGUUUGGCGGAUCAAGGCCUUGGAAGAUUCCGGAGGAUGGCUCGAGAGGACAACAGUCGAGGACAUGGAUAUAGCCGUUCGGGCACAUUUGCACGGUUGGAAGUUCGUGUAUCUCAAUGAUGUCGAGGUUCUUUGUGAGUUGCCUGAAUCUUAUGAAGCGUACAAGAAGCAGCAACAUCGUUGGCAUUCGGGUCCCAUGCAGCUAUUCAGAUUGUGCUUACCUGCAAUACUAACUUCCAAGAUUUCAGUCUGGAAAAAAGCAAACUUGAUAUUCCUAUUCUUUCUCCUGAGGAAACUCAUACUCCCCUUCUACUCAUUCACACUCUUCUGCAUAAUCCUCCCACUAACCAUGUUCAUACCCGAAGCUGAGUUACCUUUAUGGGUCAUUUGCUACGUCCCGAUUUUUAUGUCAUUUCUCAACAUAUUACCCUCACCAAGAUCCUUCCCGUUCCUAAUGCCAUACCUAUUAUUCGAAAACACAAUGUCUGUCACGAAAUUCAAUGCCAUGGUCUCGGGCCUUUUCCAGCUCGGGAGCGCUUAUGAAUGGGUCGUGACCAAGAAAACGGGCAGGGCCUCAGAGUCCGACCUAUUGGGCCUUGCAGAAAGAGAGUCGAAAAAUCUGAACGAGGAGAAAAUUCAGAGGAGACUUUCCGAGUCCGGUUUGGAAAUGCUCGGAAAAUUAACCGAGCAGAAAGCUCCGGUAUUGAAGAAGAAUAAGAAGGUAAAUAGGAUUUACCGAAAAGAGCUAGCGCUCGCCUUCCUUCUGUUAACGGCUGCCGCUAGGAGUUUGCUUUCGGCUCAAGGGAUUCACUUUUACUAUUUACUGUUUCAAGGGCUGUCAUUUUUGGUAAUGGGAUUGGAUUUGAUUGGGGAGCAGGUGAGUUAA